AUGCCAUAUUCAAAAUACAUUCCCAAUGCACCAGAAGAUAAUAGGCCCAUUGAAGUUAGGAGUAAUUUAGAAUAUGGUAAACUAACAUCAAAAGAUUAUUUACACGUCUCAAAACAUCCAAUUGGUGAACCAUUACCAAAACCUAUCGAUGAUGAUCCUCCAUAUAUAAUAUUAUUAUCAACUUAUUUGAAUUUUUUAAUUUUAAUUAUAAUAGGUCAUAUAAGAGAUUUUUUUGGUAAAAUUUUUAAACCUCAAGAAUAUAAACAUUUAGUUGAAAAAGAUGGUUAUGCACCAUGGUAUGAUGGAUUUGAAAGUUUUUAUGUUCGUAGAUUGAAAACUAGAAUAGAUGAUUGUUUUGCAAGACCAAUUCAUGGAGCACCAGGAAGAUAUAUAAAAUGUUUCAAUAGAAUAAGGAAUGGUAAAACUGGUUAUUUAUAUGAUGGCACGUCAAAGGAAUGUUUAAAUUUAUCUUCUUAUAAUUAUUUAGGUUUUGCUCAAUCAAGUGGAGUUUGUACAGAUUUUGCUUUAAAAUGUGUUGAUGAUUAUGGAACUUCUGGUUGUUCACCAAGAUCAUAUUCUGGUACAACUGAUUUACAUAAAGAAUGUGAAAGAGUUGUUGCUGAUUUUGUUGGAAAAGAAGAUGCUAUAAUUGUAAGUCAAGGUUAUGGAACAAAUGCUAAUUUUUUUGCAUCAAUAGCUGACUCAAAAACUUUAGUUAUAUCGGAUGAAUUAAAUCAUGCAUCUAUAAGAUUUGGUAUUAGAUUAUCAGGAGCAAGUGUUAAAGUUUAUAAACAUAAUGAUAUGAAAGAUUUGGAGAAUCUUAUAAGAAACCAAAUUGCACAAGGUCAACCAAAAACUCAUAGACCAUGGAAAAAAAUUAUUAUUGCUGUUGAAGGUUUAUAUUCUAUGGAAGGAAAUAUGUGUAAUUUACCAGAAUUAAUUGAAUUAAAAGAUAAAUAUAAAUGUUAUUUAUUUGUUGAUGAAGCACAUUCUAUAGGAGCUUUAGGUCCAGAGGGUAGAGGUAUAUGUGAUUACUUCUCGGUGGAUCCAGCUAGAGUUGAUAUUUUAAUGGGGACAUUAACAAAAUCAUUUGGUGCAACUGGUGGAUAUAUUGCAGCUGAUAAAAAAGUAAUAGAUAAAAUGAGAUUAAAUUAUAUAACACAAUCUUAUAGUGAAGUUGUACCGCCUCCAGUUUUAGGUCAAAUAAUAUCAUCAUUAAAAAUCAUAAAGGGAGAAUUAAAUCCAGGUGAAGGACAAGAAAGAUUACAAAGAAUUGCAUUUAACUCAAGAUAUUUAAGAUUAGGGUUGAAAAGAUUAGGAUUUAUUGUAUAUGGAGCUGAUGAUUCACCAGUUAUACCAUUAUUAGUAUUUUUACCAUCUAAAAUGCCAGCAGUCUCAAGAAUGUUGUAUGAAUUAGGUAUUGCAGUUGUUAUUGUUAGUUAUCCAGCCACUCCAUUAGUAAGUGCAAGAGCUCGUUUAUGUGUAUCAUCAGCAUUAACAAAAGAAGAUCUUGAUUUAGUCUUGCUAAGACUAAGUCAAAUUGGUGAUUUAAUAUAUUUGAAAUUCAGUAGUGGUAUAGCUGGUGGAUCUGCAAUUGAAGGUCAACCACCACGUUGUUCAAUAGAGGACGUAUUAGCAACUAAUGUAGAAGAAUGUAAAAAGCCAAAAUUGAUAUAG